AACAAGGGGGGGACAUUGGAGAACUCACGCUGCAAUUUUUAAAAAGUCUACUCAGAGUUCAGUGGGGCUUACUCCCAGCUGGGAUGGAGAUUGAUGGACAAGUGGAGAGCGACUCAGACAGUGAAGAUGAGGAGGAGGAUGAAAAGACAGCCAGAAAUCGGAAUACAAAGGAAACUACUAAGGCAACAGAAAAACAAAAUGAGGAGAGGGAUGCUGAUGAUGAAGAGGAAGAAAAGAGUUCCAGGCGGAAGAAAGCAAAUAAAAAGAAAAAUCAGAAAGCAGGUGAUAGUGACCGAGAAAGCGAAAUAGAGGAAACAGGAAAAGGGAAGAAAAAGACCGGCAAAAAGGUCUCCAGCAAAGACCAAAAGGAUGCCACUAACAAUAAAGCAAAAGGGAAGAAGAAAAAGAAGAAAAACACAGGAGAGAGUUCUUCCUCAUCUGCUUCCAACUCUUCAGAUGAUGAGUCUCUAUCUGAGGAGCAACUGACCAAGCUAAAGGAACAGGUGGAAGAAAAGAAGAAACUCAUAUCAAUCAUAAGAAACAAACCCUGGCGUAUGGCAAAGAAAUUAACUGUGCUGAGGGAGGCUCAAGAUUUUGUUGAAAAGUUUGAAGGUGCCUUGGGAAAGGGCAAAGGAAAAAAGUUAUAUGCCUACAAAAUGAUGAUGGCAAAGAAAUGGGUCAAGUUUAAGAGAGAUUUUGACAAUUUUAAGACUCAAUGUAUACCUUGGGAAAUGAAGAUAAAAGAAGUGGAAAGUCAUUUUGGUUCUUCAGUGGCCUCCUAUUUCAUAUUUCUGCGGUGGAUGUAUGGAGUGAACUUGGUCCUGUUUGGCUUAAUAUUUGGACUAGUUAUAAUUCCAGAGAUAUUAAUGGGAGCACAAUAUGGAAGCAUACCUAGAAAAAUUGUCCCCAGGGCUGAGCAACGAACUGCCAUGGAUUUCUCUGUUCUUUGGGAUUUUGAGGGCUAUAUUAAGUACUCUGCUGUUUUCUAUGGCUACUACAACAACCAAAGGACAAUUGGUUGGUUAAAGUACAGGCUACCAAUGGCAUAUUUCAUGGUUGGUGUUGUCGGUGUAUACGGAUACAGCAUAAUGGUUGUAAUAAGAUCGAUGGCCCGUAAUGCCCAUGAAGACACAGGAGACGGGGAUGAUGAGAACUUCAUUUUUAGCUCGAAAAUGUUCACCAGUUGGGACUAUCUCAUAGGCAACCCAGAGACAGCAGACAACAAGUUUGCAUCCAUCACAACUAGCUUCAAGGAGUCAAUUGUGGAUGAGCAAGAAAGCAACAAAGAUGAGAACAUCCAUCUGAGAAGGUUCCUGAGGGUUCUAGCCAACGUACUUAUUAUAUGUUGCUUAUGUGGUAGUGGCUACCUUAUUUACUUUGUCGUUAAACGGUCCCAGGCCUUUUCAAAAAUGGAAAACAUUGGCUGGUAUGAAAGAAAUGAGGUUGAAAUUGUUAUGUCCUUGCUUGGAAUGUUUUGCCCUCCACUGUUUGAAACCAUUGCAAACUUAGAGGAGUAUCACCCUCGCAUUGGACUGAAAUGGCAACUUGGACGUAUUUUUGCACUCUUCCUUGGAAACCUAUAUACUUUCUUGUUGGCUUUAAUGGAUGAUGUCAAAGACAAGCUGGGUGAAGAAGGCAAGAUCAGAAACAUAACAUACUGGACCAUCCUCAACUACCAUAAUUCAUCUACAGGGAAUGGUACUGUUCCUGUCCCUCCUAUGGAUCCAGCAGAUGUGCCUCGAGGUCCUUGCUGGGAAACAACUGUAGGAAUAGAAUUUGUGAGGCUCACUGUGUCUGACAUACUUGUGACAUUUGUAACAAUACUUGUGGGAGAUUUUCUCCGUGCUUGCUUUGUCAGAUUUGUAAACUAUUGCUGGUGCUGGGACCUAGAGGCUGGAUUCCCUUCGUAUGCAGAGUUUGACAUUAGUGGCAAUGUGCUGGGUUUGGUCUUCAAUCAAGGAAUGAUCUGGAUGGGAUCCUUUUAUGCACCAGGGCUAGUUGGUAUAAACGUGCUGCGUUUAUUAAUCUCUAUGUAUUUCCAGAGCUGGGCUGUUAUGAGCAGCAACGUUCCCCAUGAGCGAGUGUUCAAGGCCUCCAAAUCCAAUAAUUUUUAUAUGGGGCUCUUGCUGUUGAUCCUGUUCCUAAGCCUGUUGCCAGUUGCCUACACCAUAAUGUCCCUGCCUCCCUCCUUCGACUGUGGACCAUUCAGUGGAAAAAAGAAAAUGUAUGAUGUCAUCCAAGAGACGAUCACACAUGAUUUUCCACCCUUUGUAGCCAAGAUCUUCAGUUAUGUGGCAAAUCCAGGACUGAUUAUACCUGCAAUUCUACUUAUGAUUCUCGCUAUAUAUUACCUGAACGCUGUGGCUGAAGCAUAUCAACAUGCCAAUGCAGAGCUGAAGAAGAAAAUGCAAAUGCAACGUGAAGAGGAGAAAAACAAGAAGAACAACAAGGCUUCCACCAACCCUGCAAUGCAAGAUCUAGAAGACUUGCUUGUUCCACGUGCAAAGACUAUGGAAGGGCCCAAACCAACAGAAGGUAAGUCAGAGCCUGCCAACAAUAUAAAUACUUCUGCAAAGGAGGAGGCAAGCACAACCAGAGCCUGUAAUGCUGACAACCCUGCAAGAGGAACCCUGAUGCCACCCCAACCUCAUGUUAUAGUGACUCGUCCACCAACUCCAAGACCUGGGCUGCCUUACUCUAAUCAACUGAGACCUUCUCCAAGGAUGCCACAUCCAAGGGGACCACACCCUGGAAUGGGAAGAGGGAAGAGUCAGUAACAAUCAAUUAAAAGAUUCAUUUGUAUGCACUAGACGUAUAUAACAUUUUCCUACAAAUGACAGUUUCAUAUACCCACAUUUGAGAUGUAAAGCUCAUUACCACUUUCAUAUAAAAACAGCCUUGUGAGAGGUAAUUUCUCCUACUCCCUCUCCCUUUUAUUUCAUUUUCUCAUUUGGCCCAUAUGCAAUGCUUGUCUAAACCAUCCAGAAUAUUUGCUUUUUGAGGUGGGGUUCAGACGAAGCAACACUAACAAGACCACAGAUCUUUCAUUUGAAAACACAAAGCUUAAGAGAUCAAGAAGCAUUGAAAAUAGGGCUGACAACCAGUUAGAUGGUUUCAGUCACCUUCCUGGCUUUUAGAAGUAUUUAAAUACAUUUACAGGAAACACCACUGAAUGUUCCUCUCUAAAAGUUCUAAAAGAGAUGGUUUCAAGCAUAAGAUCAGAUACAUUUUAAUAAAAGCAAAAGAGAAGUGGCUCAUAAGGAGUCCCAAUCAAAUCUUACCCCAGCAACAAACCCAAGGGGUUCACACAAGCCACUAUCUUUCAGUCUCUGAAAUAUAGGAACAGUACUGACCUAUCGUAGGUGGUCAUUCUAAGGUUUGUGAGAUAGGUGAACUGAUUUGUCUUCCCUUGCACUGCAACCCCCUCCAGCAAAAAUGCCCCCACAUGCUUUUCAUAAUUAGGCGUGAAAAGCAUCCUAUUGGCUCCAAUAGGUGGUUCUUUCCAAACAUUAUUGCAGCAGGGUAGGUUAGAGUAAGAGAAUGUGUAUAUGCGUGUUUUGGUGGCCCCUUCUAGCUGACCAUACCCACCACUAGCAUGCAGCCCCCUGCAGGUUGACAACUAAACAGUGGGGCCCUCAGGCUGAAAAUAGUUCCCCAGCCCAGUCUAGGACCCCAUUUUCAGUAACGGAGGCCCUUUGAAUUUGUGUAUUGUAGAAUAUCCUUGCAUUUCAAGGCUUAGUCUGAUAUUUUUUUUCCAGACCAUUUAGCUAUUGUUGGGACACUGAUCACCAGUUAUUCAGAUCUGUGUGGAUAGAAGUAUGUUUGCGUAAAAGAAUGGGCAUACAAGGUUAUCAAAAAAUAAGACAAUUUUGUAAAGCUGAAGCUCUAGGCACCAUUACUUGAUAAAAAGUCAAUAAAGCUUAAUAAAGCAUGGU